GAGCCCGGUAUUCUCCAGUCGUUCUUGCACCGUCGACUUGCACGUUUCCCUCAUUGAACUCAAUAAAAACAGGUGAACAGGUGUUUGGUUCAAAACUAUUCAGGUGGUCUUUCAUUCCCCUAUAGUCAAUUAAAAUAACCUUUUUCAAUAAAAUUUUAUUGCCAAAACGAAAACAUGAGCGCCAUCAAGAAUUACGCACUACUCACAAUAUUGGGAAUAUAUUUUCAAACAGCAUUCGGCAUCAAAUGUUAUAGAUGCGAAAGCACAAAUAGUUCAAAUCCAUUUCAAUGCAACGAAUUUUUACGAGAUGACUUCGAUUUGAACCCAGAAUCGUGUGAUGACGUUUAUGGUGCUCAAUUUUGUGUGAAACGCGUUGGCCGUUUUGCUGGACUGGGAAUCAAUUGCUAUCAAUGUGCAUCUGCAACUGAAUGGGAAUGUGGAGAUGAACAAUUGAUGAUGGAAAAAUAUCAACCCCAAAGUUGCGAUCACAUCUUCGAGGCACAAUAUUGCAUUAAAUCUAUUGGGACAUAUGGAGGCGGCAUCGGCACAAAGCGCGAAUGCUCUUCGUACAAUCUCGGCAACUACUGUGACUACGUGCAACAACCUGGCGACAAAUUAGAGUAUCGUACAUGUGUUUACACAUGUACUGGAGAUGGUUGUAAUUCAGCGACAAAUUCAUUGCCAAAUCAAUUAAUAAUUGCUUUUACAAGUAUUUUUCUUAUUUUUCCAUUAUUUUUGCGAAGGUAAAGUUGAAAAGGAUUUGGUAUAGCUGACUAGCGUAGUACGCCAACCGGAAGCGCGGGAAAAUAUUUAAAUUCAAAAUUCAAAGUAAAAAGUUGCGCAGUGAAUCGUUUCGUGUAACUGUCACUGAAACAAAUUUUAAUAAAUUAACAAUUCAAAAAGUAUAAAUUAAUAUUUAAAAAAAAUUAUUUA